AUGGCCAGACUCCCUUGUUUAUACACGGCUCUGCCCCUGCCCGAGGACUGCCCGUAUGACAGGGGUAUUUCUCAUUUCAGCACUUUAUCCGGAAUAAAGCAUCGUAUUGUGACGGACGUUCCCUUUGGUGGUCACAAGCUUGCUGAAAUAUUUGAGGACGCUAAUGGGAAUGCACUGGACUGUAAUCUCCUGGGAGACAGAGACCUAAUUGAGGCUGCCCUGAAAUUUGUGCCGGACAACUUGGUGACAAAAGUCAUGGAGGAUGAGAUGUACUACUUUAUCGAUAAAUGCUACAACAGAACGCUGAACGAACCGAGAUUUAGGUCAAUAUUUUCCUACAUCAGCAGCAUCUUCAAAAGCCUCUUAAUAUUUCCAGGCACGAAAUGGUGUGGAGCUGGAAACGUGGCACGAAACUACGAUGACAUGGGUUAUCUGAACAGUACAGACACCUGCUGCAGGAAUCACGACCACUCUCACGACAAAAUUAAAGCGUUUCGAGAGAAGUAUGGAAUACGCAACCGAAGAUUCUAUACCAUGACCCACUGUGUGGAUGACAGAGCCUUCUACUACUGUCUGCUUAAUGACGGCACCAUUGCUUCCGCCACUGUUGGAAAUAUGUUCUUUAACAUCCUAAAAACGACGUGUUUCAUCGAGACAUACCCUAAAAAGUGUGUCAGAAGGAAUUGGUAAGUUGUACACCACUAUCACAGCAACGAUG